AUGGAUCAAUACCAGAAACUCGAGAAGGUCGGUGAAGGCACCUACGGUGUGGUUUACAAGGCCCGCGACCUGAACAAUGGCGGCCGUAUCGUCGCCCUCAAGAAAAUCCGCCUCGAGCAAGAAGAUGAGGGCGUCCCCUCGACCGCCAUCCGCGAGAUCUCACUGCUCAAGGAGAUGCGUGACCCGACCAUCGUGCGUCUCUUUAACAUCGUCCACGCCGACGGGCACAAGCUCUACCUUGUCUUUGAGUUUCUCGACCUCGACCUGAAGAAGUACAUGGAGGCCCUUCCCGUCAGCGAGGGUGGCCGCGGCAAGGCCCUGCCCGAGGGCACCGGUGCGCAGCUGCACGGCCUGGGUCUCGGCGAGGGCAUGAUCAAGAAGUUCAUGGGCCAGCUCUGCGCCGGCGUGCGCUAUUGCCAUAGCCACCGCAUCCUGCAUCGCGAUCUCAAGCCGCAGAACUUGCUCAUCGACCGCGAAGGCAACCUGAAGUUGGCGGAUUUCGGUCUGGCCCGCGCGUUUGGUGUCCCUCUGCGUACUUACACCCACGAGGUUGUUACCCUUUGGUACCGCGCCCCGGAGAUUCUGCUCGGUGGCCGCCAGUAUUCGACCGGGGUGGACAUGUGGUCAGUUGGGUGCAUCUUUGCCGAGAUGUGCACUCGCAAGCCGCUCUUCCCGGGCGAUUCCGAGAUUGACGAAAUCUUCAAGAUCUUCCGUCUCCUGGGCACACCCACGGAAGACGUCUGGCCGGGCGUUAGCAGCUACCCGGACUUCAAGGCGUCCUUCCCCAAGUGGGCUCGCGACCAGACCGCCGCGCUCUGCAGCAACCUCGACGACGCCGGCCUCGACCUCCUCGAGAUGAUGCUCGUCUAUGACCCCGCCGGCCGCAUCUCUGCCAAGCAGGCCUGCAAUCACCCGUACUUUGAGAACCCCGAGCCCAACAACACCAACCCGCGCUCGCAGUACCAUGGCAGCGGCUACCACUAG